AUGAUUUUGGGGGCUGUCCUAAUUGGCUAUCUGGCCAUUAUUCCUAUUUUUGUUCUCACCUGCGUCCUUUUAAUUUUUCUUGAUAUUCAUAUUCUCCCUCAAAUAUACAUUAGUAUUUUGGACCCAAUUAUGUCCUACACAGCUCGUCAAAUGGGCAAACGAUCGAUGUCCAUUGCUAGCUUGCAAAAUGCAGAUUACGAUAAGAGCGCAAGCGAAAAUUAUGUUGACGGAAAUCUAAUUGAACGUGAAGUCACAUUGGUUGAGGGAAGUAUCCAAUUGAGUGAUGAUUUCAAGACCCAAGAAAAGGGCUUCAAACUCCACCUCCCAAUGUACCUAUUAAAAUCCGGCGUUGAAGCUAUUAUCGAGGACGAUGUUACAAAACGCUUCUCAUCUGCCGAACUUCGUGUCUGGAAUUUGCUUGGUCGCAAUCAAAACUACUAUUUUCACAAUACCUCCUGUAAACGAACUCUGACUGCCCUCUGGUUUCUGGGGUUCAUUAUUCGUUAUGUGUUUCUUCUUCCGAGUCGACUUGCUGUAUGCAUGGUUGGAGUUGGGUUGACCUAUGUCUGUGGAAUUGUUAAAAACGCUUUUCCCAACUCUCGACUUGGAAAGUGGCUUGCUUCUUCUGGUUAUCAGCGCUGUAUGCGUCUUAAUCUUUGCCCAUAUGCCGCCAUUAUUCGUUUCCACAAUCCCGAAAAUCGCCCCAAACCGAAUACAAUCUGUGUAGCAAAUCAUACAACUCCUGUGGACUUUACUGUUCUAGCUAGUGACAAUACGUAUGCAAUCAUUGGUCAACGACAAGGAGGCUUCUUCGGUCUUGUGGAAAACGUCCUAUCCUGUGCAGUGCCAACAAUAUGGUUUGAUCGGGGCGAGGUGUUUGAUCGAUCCGCUGUGACGGACCGUAUGAAGGAGCACGUAGCCACCCCUGGUGCUCUUCCAAUCCUUAUCUUCCCUGAGGGGACUUGCAUCAACAACACCUCCGUGAUGAAGUUCAAGAAGGGAUGCUUUGAAGUCGGUGCUGUCAUCCAUCCGGUUGCUAUCAAGGUAUGUCUUUAUCUGAAAAUUUUGUUUGUCCAAAUAUGUCACCAGUCACAAUCUUUCAAUCUGGAACGAUUUUAA